AUGAAGCUAGAACCGCCGUGGGAGGGGCUGAAUUUCCCUCAGUUGCCGCAGCCGCCGCAACGGCGGCAGCAAGAGGGGCACAGCCAGCAGCAGCAGCAGCAGCAGCAGCAGCAGCAGCAGCAGCAGCAGCAGCAGCAGCAGCAGCAGCAGCAGCAGCAGCAGCAGCAGCAGCAGCAGCAGCAGCAGCAGCAGCAGCAGCAGCCGCAGCAGCCGCAGCCGCAGCCGCAGCCGCCGCAGAAACGCCAGCAGGUUCAGGAACAGCGGGAGCAGCACCUUGAGCGCGCCGCAUAUGACGGGCAGCGUCCUCGCCACCAUAGGUCGCAGCAGGGAGAGAAGCAGCAGCGUCAACCGGAGCCGCAGCAUCUUGACAUGCGCGCACGUGACGGGCUCAGGCAGAAUCCUCGCCAGCAGCAGUCGCAGCACUCGCUGGCGCAUCGCCCACCUCGUCGCGAACGCCUUCGCGAGCUCUCGCAACAAAUUCGGGAAGCGGUGCGCGAGGGGCAGCGCGCGGAGGGCGGGCGCAGGCGCAGGCGCGCGGAGGAGCAGGUCGACGCGCUCAUGGCGGAAUACAACGCACUGGGCGGCGCGCCUGCCACCUGGAUGUACGCGGCGCGAAUCCAGCUGUGCCUGGUGAAGGGUGCCACGUGGCGCCGACUCGGCAGGGGGAGGUUUCAACUGGCGGAGGCGGAACCCGGGCGGACGCGUCUGGGCGGGGGCGCAACGGGGGAAGUGCGGGUCGGAGAAGGGGAAGGGGAAGCGGAAGGGCGGCAGCGAGUAGCGUUGCGACAGCUGGCGCGUGCGCGGGAGCUGUGGCAGGAGAUGCGCGGCCGCGGCCUGCAAGCAGACAAAUACGCCGCCUCCGCAAUGAUUGCGGUGUGCGGGCGGGCAGGCAGGGCGGAUGAAGCUGAGAGGGUGAUGGCAGGGGUGGCGCUGGGGGGGCCUGGGGUGGGGGGACAGGUGGAGCUGGGGAAGGUGUCUUCUGAUGCUGGUGUUGCUGAUGAUGCAACGAGCCGUGAAGCAGGCAUGGGCGAGUCGAAUGGUGGCUUGAAUGGUGGGUUCAACGACGUGGUGGUGUGGAAUGCGCUGGCAGAUGCGUGGAGUCGGAGCGGGGAUGCAGUGCGGUCUGAAGGGGUGCUCUCACGCAUGCUGCACGCCCAGUGCCCGCCCAACCUCGUGAAGCUUCCUCUCGUCUCCAUGCACCCCUGUGCUCAACGUUCAUGCCUUCCCGCCACGUGCAUGUGCUUCCUUGCGUUGCCCAUGUGCCCGCUCCACCCUUGCGCCCAUUCUGCUCAUCUGCCUGCUCCUUUCCACCCAUGUGCUCGUACUCCCCAUGAGCAGCGGAGCUACAACAUUGUUCUCAACGCCUAUGCCAAGAGCAUCACACCAGUCAGCGCCCAUGGUGAUGAUGAUGAGCAUGGCGAUGCUGGGAGAGCCAAUGGCGAAGCAGAACACCAAGGGGCAGCCGGACUCAUGCGAGACUCCGGGCGGCUGAUGCAUGCCGGGCGGGCGGCACAUGCUGGACGGACGGUGCAUGGCGGGCGGCAUGGCUCGUCCCCAUCCGUGCCUUCCCGGCUCAGCCCCUCCGAGACCAUCCAUCGCAUGUGCCAGCUCAUCGCCUCGAUCUCGAGACAAGAACUGCUGCCCACACCUAGACUAGGCAACACCGCCUGUGUGUCAAAAAGUCUGAAAAGCACCUCUGAUGAUGUAGCCACCACGUCUGAUUUAGUCACUCCAGAUACCGUCACUCCUGAUAUAGUCACGUUCAACACAUUGCUGGAUGCAUGCGCGCGUGCGGCGGAUGCUGAUGCUGCAGUGGACACGUGGCAACAGAUGAUUGGUGCAGGAAUCACUCCCUCAGAGGCCUCCAUCUCCUCCCUCACGUCUUCCUUCCGCCUCGCGCCCUCUCUGCCUCUCGACCUGCUCGCGUCCCUGGCCCCCACUCCCCUCCCUCCAUGUCAGCCAGCCAACCAGAUGCCGACAAAUCAGCGUCUUGGCCUCAUGCAGCCAUCUGCAAUGCAGGAAAAUCGCCAUCAUUAUCAUCAGCAGCAGCAGCAGCAGUAUCAACUCCAGCAUCAGUCUUCACCUCCCACCACCUCCUCCACCACUCCAUCAGCAUCAGCAUCAGCACAACACCCAGCUGCUGCGCAUGAGCCUCUCACGAUACAAGACCCUCCUCCAGGCUCCCAUGCCUGUGUCACUCCCAGCAGCCGUCUGUAUCCCCGUGCUGCUGCUGCUCCCACCUCUUCACCUCUCGCUACGGAUGAGUCAGCCAGUGUAGCAGCCAACAGCCAGGAGCACCCUCACCCCGCCCUUCCCUCCACCACCCUCCCAAUCUCACCCCUAUCCUCCCGCUCUCUUCCCACCUCAUCCUUCCUGAGCCGACAAAAGAAAACGGAUUUCCGCCCAUCCCUUGUCUCUUCGACCACUCUUCCAUGCUCACCCGCAACACCUCCUCGCUCCCCUUGCACCGCUCCUAUAGGCCCUCCCCCACUUCCCCCGGCCACCUCUGCUGCAACUGAACCGGGCCUAUUUUCUAGGCUCGGCCCGUGGCUGCAGCAGUGGCUUGGAAAGCCAGCAGCCACAGCACCAGCACAGGGAGCUUUGGGGUCUGCCGGAAUGGGGGUGAAGGGAAUUUGGGGGGUUGAGGAGUCGAGACGUGGGGCUGGCGAGAUGGGUUGUUUUGAGACGUCUCAAAACGAGAUGUCGAGACGUGGGGCUGGCGAGAUGGGUUCGUCCCCACCAGCUGGAGAGAGUGAGGGCGUUCGACGGUCCGCUCCAGCUCGUUUCACGUCACUGGAAGCGCCUCAGAAGCAGCCUGCCUCAUAUGCACCGCGGGAGCAGCCACUGGUUGCGCAACGAUCCACCCUUACAUCAGCAUCAGCAGUAGAAGCAGCGGCAGCAGUUCAGGAAAAGAGUGGUCGCACGCCCUCAGUGGUACAUGGCAAGGGACUGGUCAUCAUCACUGGAGCCGGCAGGGGGCGCUCAUUUGUGAGAGAGGCGGUCAUGCAGCAGCUAUCAGGCCUCAGGGUGGGAGGGUCAUGCGACACGUCUCGCCUGGAUAACACCGACCCGCGCAUCACAGGCGCGCACGGAACCCUCUUCGACUUGACUCUUGAGACGACUCAAAAGUCACCUCUUUCUCCAUCCCCUUGCGCUAUGGCCCAAGGCAGGGUGGGUGGCUCGUGCGACACGUCUCGCCUGGACAACUCCGACCCGCGCAUCACAGGCGCGCACGGGACCCUCUUCGACUUGACUCUUGAGACGACUCAAAAGCCACCUCUUUCUCCAUCCCCUUGCGCCAUGAUCCCUGGCAGGGUGGGAGGCUGGUGCGACACGUCUCGCCUGGACAACACCGACCCGCGCAUCACAGGCGCGCACGGGACCCUCUUCGACUUCCCCGGGCAGCUCGGGAAAUCUUUCUGCUUGCUUGCCGACCGUCGGAUUCACAUCAACGUGCUGCUGCAGAGCCACCAGGGACAAGAGUCCGCUGCAGCAGCGGCGCUAGCAGCAGCAGGCAUGCCGAGGAGAGUGGCAGAGGGAAGCCUGCAUGUGUGGGUGAAGGAGGUGGGAGUGGUGUGGGUGUCGGGUGGCGGCAAGCAGCACUUGCUGCGCAUGGUGGCGCGCACAGGCAACCAGCAGGAUAGAGGGGCCCACGGCUUCCUCGCCCUCAUGCAGGUGGACGGUGCUGACGUGGCACCGCCACGCUUCCAUGAUGACCUGGCAGUGGUGGCUGGGUAUGAAAGUGUGGAGAUAAGGAAGACGGCGGAGGAAGAAGACGGGCCUUUCGAUGUGGAUACAUAUGAAGUUGUGUUGGAAGGGCUGGGGAAGGUGUAUGUGAGCACGAGGGUGGCUCACCCUUUGCUACAAACACCAGAGGAAGCUGAGGCACAUUUCACCAUCCGGGUAGCUGAACUGCAGGUAAGAGGAGGGAUUGUAGUGCGUCCAUAG